AUGGGAGGGGUGGGGAAGAAGGAGAGCCCAGGAGAUCACGGCCACCAGCUCCCACCCCAGAGGCCCCCGAGGGUCAGAGCCCAGCUGCCUCUCACCUGGCGCCCUACCCUGCCUUUGGGGCGCCCGCCUCUCCCGCGGGGCUUUGGGGACUCUCGCUCCGCACCAGGACAAGGAGGUGUGCGUUCUGCUCCUACGCCCUCUUCCACGCCCUCCGCCAGCAUCCCGCCCCAGCAUCCUCCCUGGUACACGGACCCCUCGAGGCCUCCCCGAACCCCGCCCCAGCAGCCGGCGACUCCCCGACCGUCACCCAGUUCCCGCUCGGCCGCGCCCGGGGUUUGCACAGGCGAAGCAGGAAAUGCGCUGUUCCCGGUCCGUUUCCCUGCUCAGAAACUGGUCCGCGGGGGGUGUUUCUUGUAUUCCCCACUCAGCCUCCCGCCCCAGCUCGGGUCCCGGGAUGGGAGUGCUGACAGCUUCCCCUUACUCCCCGGCUUAGAGAACCUCAGACUCCGCAGGGAGACGGCGUCGGGGGUGAAGGCAAGGCAGCCCAGCUCAUCCCCGGGACGGAUUACGGCCACACACUGGUCUGCUCACCUGUGUUUCAUCUCGGCCUCUCUGAGCUCUAACUGCAAUCUCAGUAGCGGUUCUUGUGCGCUCACUUCUGCAGACCCCCCAAUCCCACCUUCCUCGCACCCAGGAAAGGCCCGAGCUUUCCUGAUGGAGCUGUGUCCUCUGCUGAGCAGACAGGCUUAG